AUGGAAUUCGACGAGCUGAUCACUCCGUUCUAUCGGCAGGGCAAAAUGGAGUCUCAUGAUCUUCUCGACCUGACUGGGACGUCCGAAGGCUUUUCCAGCUCGACUCCGUACGACAGUGAGUCCACCUCGGUGUCGAAACAAUCAGCAAGAGAAAAGCCCACAGCACACACUCCUUCUUCAAAACAAUCAAAAAGGAGAGCAGCCUCAAGCAGACAAGCUCAGCGGGACACGGUUGCUCAAAGAGACACCAAACCUCAAGUAAAGAAGGCCUUGCUUUCCGAUAUAAUAGGGGACCAGAUGACGACCUCUCUCAUGUCAUCAACGAAAGACUUCGAGACAAUGGACAUUCUCGAACGACUAAAACACCAGGCUGGCGGCGCCCAAGCAAUGGCUCUGGGAACCCAGGGCAAGGCCACCACUCUUACAGCGUCUGUAACAAUACAAGCUGUAACGAUGGCAACCGACUCCAGCGAAAUCGUGGAGGCAAUUCAUGAUAGAGAGAAAUCAGUCCCGACUAAAAAGCACAAAGACCUCCACACCUUCACGCUCCACGAUAUUGCUGCGGUCUCGGCCUUGAAUUGCCUUGUCGAAAGAUACGGUCGAGUUUCGCACAUGGGCAUCCUAGAUCCUUCCUACACUUUCUUCCUGAGCAAAGAUCGUCAAGCAGCGCUGUACUACAAAGUGAAGAACUACACCGCGAUUGUCGGCGGUGACCCUCUCUGUUCUUUGGAGCGAUACGAUAGCAUCCUCAAGGAAUUCCGACAGCUUCGCAGACAACAUGGUUGGGGCAUCGCUUUUCUUGGUGCGACAGACAGUUUUCUACCAUACGCAAAGGGAAAGAAGUGGGUAACAAUGCGCUUCGGAACUGAAAGAGUCCUCAAUCCUCUGAAUAAUCCUGUUGCGCAGGAAAGGGAAGGAAAGAGGAUCAUCACCCAGACCAAGCAAUUACUCAAUCCUGAUCGAGGCGGCCUCUCUGUCCAUGUUUAUGUGCCGGCUCAAGGGCGUGACGACCUUCUGGAACAACAACUUCGUCAUAUCUACGACUCGUGGCGAGAUCAUCGCAACCAGUCACCUCAGCCGCAAGCCUACAUGACGGUUUUUGAUCCCUUUGCCAUUCCUGGGUUGAUGACAUACAUCUACACCAUGAAUCGGGACGGCCAAUGCAACGGAUUUGCAGCCCUGCGCAAGAUUGGCGCAAGCAAGGGCUAUCACAUUGACCCAUAUUGUGCAUUGCCCACCGCACCUAAGGGUGUCACAGAUUUGCUUAUCUUUUCCGCCAUGUCGCUUCUUCAGCGCGCUGGAAUUGGCUAUCUGAGCUUGGGUUUCGAACCCGAAAUUGAGCUUGGAGAGGUUACUGCCUUGUCGCGGCCAACAACCGCAAUCACGAAGUCCUUCUAUCGCCGCGCUUUCAAGCAUCUCCCGAUUGGAGGCAAGAAAGCUUACCAUGACAAAUUCCGUCCUGAUCCAGUGCUGGAGUCUGGCCUUUACCUCAUCUAUCCAGAAGGAGCACCCAGCAUACAGCAUGCAAUGGCCACCCUGCAUAUUGCCAACAUCAAGGUCAGAGGCCUUCUGCAACGAGAAUUAUUGGGUUCUCUUGGUGGUAGAGGUCUGCGGAAGGUGAAGCAAGGGCCGGCAGUCGAGAAGAAAGUUGCCUCUGGGGAGGGUGAAACCUCGUAA